CUACAAUAACAUCCGGGCAUUUCAGCAGCGCGCAGGUUUAGCACACUAGCGACACCACAUGGAUGAAGAAUGUACUAGAAGAAGAACACAUAAAUCUACUUCAACAACAACACAAUUAUUUGAAACUACUCAAAAAUAUCUUUAAAGGGAAUAUUACUUAACUGAUCAAAGAAGGAGGCAAAAGUGGAACAAAAAAUGUAACGAACACACACGUUUAUUUUGAAUUCGUUGCCAGCAACAUGUUUCCAAAAAGUUAGGACAAGAACAACAAAACAACAAAAAAAAUUCAAUGUCAAGACACCUCCCGAAGAAAAAUCUUAAGACUAAUACAGCUGGUGUGCAGCAGGUUGGUGAUAUAAUUUAGAGUAAAUAUUGUGUUUUCUAUCAAUAAAGUUUUUUGGACAAAAAAAACUCGGCACACUUUACAGCUGGCAACAGUCGCAGUUCAAUGUGGAUCGGCCGUAUGGUUCCCUGAUUUACGGCACAAAUCAAACCGUGUUGUUUGUGCCUAUACCCGGCCAAGGCUCGGCUGUCUCGAGUAGGAGAACGAAGUAUUUUCCUAAUGAUGGCCCAUCUAACUGAAAACCCCGCUGAUAAGGAGAGGUGAGUAGUUGUUUGAGCUAGCCUCCUGUUCGCCUAGCUACGCAAGCUAACAGCUAAGUUCGAAGCUCGUGUAGCGGUAAAAUCACAUAGACACUUUGCUAAAUUUAGGAAAACACCGAUAUUAUUAUAGGAUUUCGGUAAAAUAUUGUAAUGGUGGUAAAAUUGUUGACAAUGGAAGUUUAUUCUACAAUUCGGCAAAUGUGUUAAACCCCUUUAUCAUGUAUAAUUAACAGUUAUUAGCCUUUUUAGUGUAGAUGGUUCACGACAUACCUCGACAGAGUAAUGUUAACUUUCGUGGAAAGGAGGGCAAUUUUCAAGUCUUUAUUCGUUUCGAAUCUGAGUUGAAUUAGUCUCUUUACACUUUCUUUGACCUAUUGUUCAGAUACUGUACGUCUCAUUAGCCACAAGAUAAAUGAAACCUCGCGUUCUCCUUAAUCUCAGUGGGACAGGCUAUAGUUAGUGUUAGUGAAUGAAGAUUGGUCUAUCAGUUGUAUCGCUACGACAGUGGCGUAGUAACGCUAACCCUCUUUAGCAUGACGUGUAUAAAAGACCUAUUUCCUUCAGUCUUUGCAAGUAAUAUUGAUUUUACAAACCUAAAACUGCACCCAUUACAGCUGAGAAACAUUAGUGAUUACCGAUACAGUACACCAUUAAGUGAAAAUUAGGUUUAUUUGGGGUUAAGUUCUCAAUCAGGAGGGUUGGCCAUUCAACAGAGUUAGACAGCUAUUUAUGCAGGUCAGUGUUUGUCUCCCAUUCAGGUAACAGGUGUUUAUACAGUCAAACUAUUAACAAUAAACUUUAUUUUUGCUGAUGUCUGUCAGCUGUGUUAAAACCCCAGUCUUCGUAAGGAACGUGUAAAUGAAGUCAAUCAAAGCACACAGGAAUUAAGGAACAUAAACGACAGAAGAGACUGGGACAAACAUUUCAUAAUUUCUAUUUACCAUUACUCAAGUCAGCUUUGUAGUCUCAGGUGUGAGCUCUGCAGUGUGACAGACGUGUUUUGGAUGUUUUGCAGGUUCAUCUGUUUGUAUCCAGUUUACAUCAACAGUAAGAAGACUCUGGCUGAAGGACGAAGGAUCCCCAGUGAGAAGGUGACACUAUUUAUUUUGUUUGCUUGGUUGUUCAGCAGCAGAGGUCUAAACUUUAAAGAAGUGAUGGUUAAGAGAUUCACUGAAAUAAACCAUAAAACAGUCUUUGUGUGUCAACAGACAUCAAGGAGGUGUGCUAAAUCAAAAUACUGGUUUCUCUGACAAUGCACCAUUCAGCAUGUCCCUCUCUUAAGUAAUUAUUCUGAUCUGGAGUAGUCUGUAUUUGUUUUAAACUGAGAAGAUGGGUGGUUUCAAAGAACCUUUCCUACAGUGGUUUUGAACACCCUCUGAUACAUCAUCCUUUCUUUUUAAACAAACAUCAAAGAGUCUGCUUUUAUGUUUGUUUAAACAUUGUGUAGGUAUUGUGUAGGUAUGUUGUGCUGUAUGUCAACCAAACUUUGAAUGACUUUUUACUACACCUGUAUCUGUACUGAGUCCUUUACUACGUGCUCUGUAGAUAUGUGGUUAGCAAGAUAACUUUAGGAUGAGCUCUGGGCUUCAAGACUACAAAGAUGGUUUACUUCUUAUAGGUUGCACAUCGGCAUGGUAACUUUGGCUUCACGUCUAACCUGCUUCAGAGCAGGUUUUGUCUGAGAUAAGAGAUAAAAGCAUCCCUGACUGACCAAUAAGAUUUUCGUGUGCAGGGAGCAGGAAAAAAAACACGUUACAUUUCCCUACAUGAAAGUAGAGUGUAAAUGAGUGUAUCUUAGUAAAUAUGGAAACUAUGAGAGUGCUGUGUUUGUGUCUGCAGGCUGUGGAGAAUCCAUCCUGCGCUGAGAUCAGAGAUGUCCUGACAGCCGCUGGGCUUAAUGUCUACGUAGAGGUCAACACAACAGACAUCACACAUUCUACCAGGGCUCUAAAACACAUCAUAUGAUGGCAUAAGUGUGUGUAUUUGUGUGUGUAUUACAGAACAAGAUGCACCCCAGGGAGUGGAACCGGGACGUCCAGUUCAGAGGUCGAGUCAGAAUCCAGUUGAAGCAGGCAGACGGCAGUUUGUGUCAGGACAAGUUCACCUCCCGUGAGUCCGUCUAAAAGCUAUACAUAAAUACAAAUAUGGAUAUAGGUAUAGAUUUUUUUUUUUUUUUACUCUAAAGAAUUGAAAGUAAUGAAAAGAAAAUAAAAAAAGAUUUUUACUGUCUUUAUUUUCCUUCUCUUGAUUCCCUCAAAUAAUUUUGUGAUGUUCUAUGUCCUUUUUUAUCCUCUCCUGGUGUCCCCCUCAGGUAAAGAUGUGAUGUUUUACGUAGCAGAGAUGAUUCCCAAACUAAAAACUCGGACCCAAAAGAGCGGAGGAGGAGACACCAGCUCUCAGCAGGGAGAGGGAGGAAAGAAGAGCAAGAAGAAGAAGAAGUAGAACCACAGAAACUACCUGUUUUUCUUUUUUAAAUCAUUUUUAUUUAGGUCAUCAUGUAUCAAGACGAGUCAGACCCUAAGCUCACACAGGAGCAGUUUUAAAGGGUUUGAUGCCACCGUGACCUCAGACACAGAUUCAGCUGCAGCCUCUCAGAAGCUAAUCAUCUUUUUUGUUCUCCUUUAACUCUUUUUUUUUCAUCCUCAUGGGUUGACCUGAGAUCUGUGACACCUGCUCAUAAUUUAGUUUCCAAAACCUCCAGCACAAGCAGAGAAAUGAACUGAUUUCUGUUAUUACAUAGAAUUCUUAUUUAGCGUUUACUUCUCUGUGUCUGUAGCAGGACAAGAUGAAUAAAUAGUUCACUUUCUCAUCUUUCUUUUUGUUUUAUUUGAGCAAAUUAACCGUCCCUGAAUGAGCAAUCAAGCAAACUUGUUGUCAGCUGCAUGUUGAAGGAAGUGUCAGUAAAUAAAAGUUUAUUUCAUGUUUUAUGAA